AUGUUCAAUAUGUUUUUUAAAUAAUAAACUGAAUUUGAGAGAGCCUUAUCAAAUACUUCAAUUUUGAAUAAUAAACCAUCAUUGAGUAUUGUAGACUUGAAAUAACUGAUGUAAGGGUUCCCUUAACAACCUCAAUUAAUGUGUCGAACACCUUAACCAAUAAAGAAGACUUUUUAAACAUUUUUUUAGGCCUUACCGGAAAAGGCUUCCUUUUGUGUAAAAUUAAAAGUUUUGGCAACUUGCCAUGUCCUAUUAGAAGAUGGCAUACAUGGUUAGCAAUUUUCUGAAUCCUUUCUAAUUUGGAAUGGAUUUCAGAUUAAGUAAACUUAUAUAAGCAAAAUAGGAUUUAGAGAGAAAAAUUAAGAUAAAGAGAAAUUUGUCUAAAUGUAUUAUGAAAUGCUACAAAGAUUUGCUAAUGGAUUUGAUUUACUUAGGAUUGCAAAAUUAUAGUAAAUAAAUUCUUCAAGUAUUAAUAUGAUCUAUUUAAAGCAUUAACUAAUGAUUGCAUCUAUUAUUACAAGGCGAUUAAUUUAUUAAACCAUAUAUUUAGUUAUUCUUAGGUAUCAUUAUCAGAUAUGUUUUUAGUUUAUUAAAUAAAUAUAUGAGACAGUCUAAGAAUUAAUAGUUGGUGAGAUUUUACUAUUAAUUUGGAAUGAUGUGAUAGCAACAUAUUUAUUUAUAGAAAAGUAAUAAUUUGAAUAAUUUUAGAAUCAUAUUUUAAUUUCUUGUAGAGUAUUAACUAAUCUAAAUAUCACUUUUCUUUUAAUUAAAUGGCCUUAUUCCUGAAUUUAUUAGAUUAACAUCUUAAAUCAAAAUAUUUUAUGAGUUAAAUAAAAAUUUCUUUAUUGAAAAAUAGUUUAAAUCACCUACAUGGAAAAUAAUUGAUUCAAAAUUAUUGUAAGAUAUAGAAAAAUAUAGUUAACAAUUAAAACUUUAAUAAGCCAAAGAUAGAUUAAUUAAAAAAUAAUGUUCAAAAGUAUCAUCCUUAAGUACUUUUUAUUCUACUCCAUAACAUCAAACAGCAAAAUCUUUUUUAUUUGGAAACACAACUUUUGGUUAUGUAAAAAGAUUAUCAACAUUAAAUGAUCCUUUUGAUAAUAAUGAAGAAAUGACUUAAUGUUAUAAAAUUUGA